UGAUUUAUUAGAUUUAUAAAAAUGAGCGAAUUUUCGAAAAUUUUCCCGUUUUAUUAAUAUGCACAGUUUAACUAUUUUAACGAUUUAUCGCAAUAUUUGAGUAGAAAGUGCACCCUUUAUUAUAAUAGAAUACCUUUAAGUGUACAUUUUUUAAACAGUGUUUUUAAAAAUCUAAAUUUUCGCAUCUGGGCGUAACCAAGUGAAUUUUGUGCCGUGCAUUUUAUUAAAUAUGUUUUUUUGUGUGUUUUUCUGAACAAUUUGUGAUUGUAUUAAAUCUCAAAAAUGGCUGAGGACGAAGUUUUGUUUGAUGAUGUGUAUGAACUGUGUGAAAUCAUUGGCAAGGGUCCGUUCAGUCUGGUGCGACGAUGCGUACACAGACAAACUGGACAGCAGUUUGCUGUUAAAAUUGUGGACGUAGCCCGCUUCACAGCAAGCCCAGGGUUGAGCACAGCAGAUCUGAAACGUGAGGCCACAAUAUGUCACAUGCUCAAACACCCACAUAUCGUGGAAUUGCUCGAGACAUACAGCUCCGAGGGAAUGCUGUACAUGGUGUUCGAAUACAUGGACGGAUCUGAUCUAUGCUUCGAAGUUGUUCGAAGAGCCACUGCUGGAUUUGUCUACAGUGAGGCAGUUGCUUGCCACUACAUGCGUCAAAUCCUCGAAGCGCUACGCUACUGCCACGAGAACGACAUCGUGCACCGCGACGUGCGGCCGCACUGCGUGCUGCUCGCCGGCCGCGACAACUGCGCGCCCGUCAAGCUCGGCGGCUUCGGCGUCGCGGCGCAGCUGCCCACGCCCACCGCGAACCGCGCGCCGCCCGGCCGCAUUGGGACUCCUCAUUACAUGGCACCUGAGGUGGUAUCGAGUCAGCUAUACGGCAAGCCAGUUGAUGUGUGGGCUGCUGGGAUACUACUGCAUGUUUUGCUGGUCGGAUAUCUGCCUUUCACUGGCACCAGGGAGAGGCUGUUCGAAGCUAUAUGCCGUGGACGUUUGAGGUUCGACGCGCCGCUGUGGGACGACAUAAGCGAUGCUGCCAAGGACCUCGUGCAGCGCAUGCUGACCGUGGACCACACGCAGCGCAUCAACAUACAGGAGGUGCUCAACCACCGGUGGAUCAGGGACCGUGACAAGCAGAACCGCAUCCACCUGGGCGGCACAGUCGACGAGCUCAAGAAGUUCAACAGCCGGCGUCGGCUGCGUGCCGCGACGCUCGCCGCCGCGUCCGUCGACGACGACGACGAUGACGACCGCCGACACGUGAUGAUCGAGGAGGCUAAUGCCGCUGCCGUGAACCUAAUCGUGGAGUCUUUGGAUGACGUGGCGGUGCUGCACGACGGGCCGACGUUCAUGGACCCGGACCUGUUCCACAGCGUGCUGGACGACCUGCAGCUGAGGGCGCUGCUCGAGGUGUACGACCGUAUCGCGAGCUCCGUGGUAGUGACCAGCGGACGGGCCCCCGCGGCCGAGGGGCGGGCGCGGUGCCGCGGCGCGCUGGAGGUGGUCGCUCGGCCGCGUGCUGCCCCCGCCACCGCCGCCGCCGCCGCCGUACACGACCUGCGACGGCUGCUGACUGCGCCGCAUGUCAAGGCAUUGCUGCAAGCGCACGAUGUGGUCGCGCGCGAGGUGUACGGAGAGGAGUCGCUGCGCGCGUCCCCGCCGCCGGUCAACGGGCGCACGUCGCAGCUGCCCGACGAGGACGAGGACACCGAGCCCGAGUUCGAGAACGUGACCAGGGUCCGCCUCGUACAGUUCCAGAAGAACACCGACGAGCCCAUGGGCAUAACACUGAAGCUGGCUGACGAUGGGCGGUGUAUCGUGGCCCGGAUUAUGCACGGCGGUAUGAUCCAUCGGCAGGCGACCCUUCACGUCGGCGACGAAAUCAAAGAAAUCAACGGCACACCCGUCGCGAACCAGUCCGUUGCACAACUUCAGAGAAUGCUGCGAGAAGCCCGGGGAUCAGUGACCUUCAAGAUCGUACCGUCUUACCGUUCAGCACCGCCGCCCUGCGAGCUAUUCCGGAUUAAGCCUUCGCCCGUGCUAAUAUUCGUGCGGGCACAAUUCGACUACGAUCCUUUGGAAGAUGAAUUAAUACCAUGCGCUCAAGCGGGUAUCGCUUUCAAUACUGGGGACAUUCUGCAGAUCAUCAGCAAGGACGAUUCCCACUGGUGGCAAGCUCGUAAGGACGCAUCAGGCGGUUCGGCCGGACUUAUCCCGAGCCCAGAGCUACAGGAGUGGCGCGCAGCGUGUGCAGCUGCUGAGAAAUCUAACACCGAUCAAGUUGGAGCGGAGGGCUGCGUGUCUCAUACGGACGGCUGCGAGAACACAGUCAACUGCUCUAUUUUCGGACGCAAGAAGAAACAGUCCAAAGACAAAUAUUUGGCGAAGCACAACGCUGUGUUUGAUCAAUUAGAUGUGGUCACCUAUGAAGAGGUUGUCAAACUACCAUCGUUCCAGCGUAAGACAGUGGUGCUGCUGGGCGCGCACGGCGUCGGCCGCCGCCACAUCAAGAACACGCUCAUCGCGCGACACCCCGACCAGUACGCGUACCCCGUGCCGCACACGACCCGUGCGCCGCGCGCGGACGAGGAGAACGGCCGCCACUACUACUUCGUGUCGCACGACGACAUGAUGGCCGACAUCGCCGCCAACGAAUACCUCGAAUAUGGUACUCACGAGGACGCCAUGUACGGCACGAAGCUGGAGACGAUCCGGCGCAUCCACGCGGAGCGGCGCGUCGCCAUCCUGGACGUGGAGCCGCAGGCGCUGAAGAUCCUGCGCAGCGCCGAGUUCGCGCCCUACGUCGUGUUCGUCGCCGCGCCGCCGCUCAACAACGUCGCCGACUACGACGGCUCCCUCGAAGUUCUAGUCCGGGAGUCGGAGCAGCUGCGUCGCACGUACGGCCACUACUUCGACCUGACGAUAGUCAACAACGACAUCGACGACACGCUCCAGCAACUCGAGGCGGCGCUCGCUCGACUCCGCUCCACGCCGCAAUGGGUGCCAGUCUCCUGGGUGUAUUGACCUACCGACUGUUACCUGUAAGUAUAUACUUAAUGACGAGAUCAAAGACUAAAGAGGAUCGGCGUAAGGCUUAUGUAGAUUUGCAUCUUGUUAUAGUCUGUCAAGAAAGUGAAGAAAUUAAA